CCCAAACCCUAAUCCGAAACUUAAACAACGCCGAACCAAUUUUACUGCAGAAAUUGGCACAACCAUCUGCUAUUCCCCUUCCUUCACCCCCAAAGGAAGGAAAAAAACCCCUCUAACUACCCCAAACCCUAAUCCUAACCCCUUAACCUUGGUCGACGGAAGACUCCUGCAUUGCCGAACUAAUCGUAAUUCAGAUACGGCGAAGGAAAUCCAAUUCCCUACGGAUCUUAUUGAGGAAAUUCUCUGCUUCGAUUCAGAUGCGUAUCCAAGCAGUGGUUUUUUCUACUUUCCAAUCAACAAUUCAUCACAAGACAUCUCAAAAUCCAGACUUCGGUACGCACUCGCCAGGAAUUUAUCAUCCAAUGUAUUAAAGAUACAAACUUUGCCAUUGGCACUUUAGGGGACAACGUUGAUGGGAUUCGCUUUCGACUCCUGGAAACCAACCACCUCCAGUUGCAGCCUUCCGAGGAAAUUUCAGGUUUCUUAGGGCACUGCAACGGCCUUGUGUCUGCGCACUUAUAUUCCAAGGAAACCAACAGGAGCAGCAUCGUUGUUUGGAACCCUUUAACAAUGGAACAGAGGAGAUGUCCUAUGCCGCAACGUUGUCCGAAGGAUAUUCAACUAUUCGGGUUUGGUUAUGAUUCGGUAAGCAAUGAUUACAAGCUCGUAGUAGCCACAACUCCUGCAUUUGCAAAGAAACUAGGUGUUGCUACAGAUGCGAAACAUUUCAAUGGCUGCAUUUACUGGCUUAUUAGUUGUGAAGGACGGUCUAAUGGUGGAAUUGUAACUCUUGAUUUGAGCACAGAUAUACUGAGAGAAGAGGAAUCUGUAAGCUGGAUUCUAUCCACCAAUGAAUCUAAAGCGUUUAUUGGCUUGGAUCUCUCUGGAGAGUCUCUUUGUCUGAUAGUGUCUGACGAUGAGGUUAUCUAUGACGUGUGGAUGAUGGAGGAAAAUGUGGUGAAAAGUGCCAAAUCUUGGAUUAAAUUGUUCAGAGUUAAUAGUACUGAUGGCAACUUCAACACCCCCUUAAUUGAUCCGAUGAACCGGGAUGUGAUGACUGCAGUCUGUUUUACUGGAAACAGGAAAGUUUUGAUUUAUUGGCAUUCAAGAUAUGAAUACGCCCUGUAUGACCCUGACGACCAAUCAGUUAAGAAGGUUGCAAAAAUUGGCAAUCCCCUUAUGGAUUCGUGGCCUGUGAGUCCAUAUGUGGAGAGCUUGGUCUCCCUGGGUAGAUGAAUUCAAUUCAAUCGCUGAAUUCUAAUUUUAUUAGUGUUAUUAUUUACUUUUAAGUUCAUUUCAUCUAAUGUUAUCAUCCUAUUUAUUUUGGGGAGUGGCUAAUGAUAGAAGAGGCUGUGUUAAUGUAGAGUCCUUGGGCUGGGGGUGUGAAGAGUAAGGUAUUGGUUUAGUUUUAAUAAACUGGGGUGGAUGUGUUGAGGCUCAAGGGUGUUUUUUCAGGUGAUGUAAGUUGUAAUGAGAGUGAUGGAGCCAUUCUGCUUGCCAUUCUUCUUAUCUGUAAACAGGAAUUCUAUGUAGUUUCAGCAAGUAAGUUUGGAUGUUGAAGGAAUGGAUAAUUUUUGUUCCUUUAAUUGCAAGCAAAAAUUAAUUGCAAACUAAACUGGCAUGUCUGAUAUUUUGUCUUCGCAAACAUUAUUCUUUUGCCUUGCCAUUUCAGUUUUGUCUUCAAUUAAAUUGAUGCUUCUUUCAAGGAGUGUGAAGAUUGGUUAGAUAUUGGGAACCCCCAAGUCAAUGUUGUUUUUUGUUAGGCUGCUUAUAGAUUUGUAUUAUGAGUUGGCUUUAUGCACUUAGAAUGUGAUUUAUUGUGAAUGGUUUGGGAAGAUUGAUUAGAUAUUUGGGUUCAAUUGCACUUUCACUUUAGGGAGGCGCCAUGCCUCUUCUGUUUCUUAAGUUAUUAGCCUUUUCCCUUUAUUUGCGGGGCUUAUUGUGAAUGGUUUAGGAAGAUUGGUCUUAAUAUCUUUCUUUUAGAAUGUGAUUUAUGAACAUUCAUCAGUAUGUGUUGAUCAGAUCUUUUUCUUUUAGAAUGUAGUUUCAUUCAUUAGUAUUGGUGCAAUAAAUUUUGGUGAUUCCA